AUGGCUGGAAUCGUCAGGAAAGGCCACGGUAAACGUGUUAGAGCAAAGCGUUCGAUUGGAAGCAACUCAGCAAGUGGUUCUCUUUUUGGUAGAAUUGGUACGGCCACGAAAGGGAACAAAAAUAAUGAACCCAGAAAGAAGGAGUUAGAAGGUGCUAGUAAUGCUUUACGUUUUAUCAAUGGAAGGUUUGUUAGCGCUAAUGAUGUUGGAGUUCAGUUACGAGAGUUUAAUAAUAAUAUAGUAGGCAAUGGGAACUCAUCGAACAAAAAAAGUUUGAAGAAAGAUGCCAUGAUGAGACGGAAGCUGAUAGCGCAGCAGCAUGCGUCCAUACCUAUUGUGCCUCCGAGAACUGUAUUUAGCAGCAGCAAUUAUGAUGAUAAAGAGGAUAUCUCGAAAACUAAGAAGAGAAAGGCGAAAAAUCUCGUAAUAUCGUUGAGAAACGGGAGUGAGUUCUUAGGUCUACGAAACCUGCCCGUUGGGGUGAAGAAGGAAACUUUGAAGAAGGCUUUAGAAGAGCACGGUACUUGUAGAGUCUCAAAUAUAAAAGUUUUGGACUUACCAACGGGCUCAGCAACCGCAGAAGUGCAUAUCGUGAGCGAGAGUUCGGGUAAUGAACUGCAGCGACUUGUAAAGCAGUUUCAUGGUGCAGAGAUCGACGGUAGAGUUAUUUCUGCCGAUAUCCGCAGCACAUCUGAACUGUAG